GGAAAGAAACAAAAAAAAAAAAUAGAGAGAGCAGAGUAAGAAGAAAGAGUGUGAGAGCGAAAGAGGAGGAGGAACUGAUCUCGACUCUGCUGAAGAUUUCUCCGCUGCUAAAACGGUAGGAAAGUCAUGGAUCGUAGUGAUCAUCCCGUCAUGCUCACUGGCAGACACGAAGAUCAAUGUGUAAGGUGGAACUGUAGACGAGUCCCUUUUAGACCAUUCGAGUAUUGUCACGAGUCCUGCCAAAAGAUGGCUGCUUCAGAUUCGCAGUCCACCCUCCCAUUCUUGUUGUCGUAUGUCUAUUCUUCAACUACUGAAUUUGCUCUCAUUGCUGGCAAGAUUUUCAACUUGAUCAAGGCUGCAAAGGAGCCUGGAGUUCCUCAACUCUCUAAAGAUGUGUUACAGAUCCCUCCUUGGCUAUCAAGUAAGUUCGAUGUUGAGUUUUCUGCAUGGGAAACCUUUCGCCAGUGGCUGUUCAUGGGAUCGUCUCAGCUUCCUGCAACUUUGGAUUUCAACUGGGUAGAAGAACGUAGCAAGGUUGUUGGUCAAGUGAGGCUUCGUGUUCUUAAGCCUGUCCCCAAGGAAGACAACAUUUGGGAACUUCACCAGUAUUCAAGCUUGGAUCAGAUGGGAGAAGCAGUCUAUGUGAUGCGUUGCAACAAAUUUGGCGAACCAUUAUCAGAUGGGGAGGAUGAGGAAAAUGAGGAAAAUGAGGAAACUGAUAGUGAUUGAUUCAAGCGGCCGGUUGUACUCUGGAAAUGGAAGGUGAAGCUGGAGAGUGAUUACUAGAGUAUGUGACACCAUGCGUUUACCUUAAGCCAAAUACUGUUAGGCUAUGUUUCUUAGGUGGUUAGACUGUUUUUGUAUUGGAUUUAUAAGCUUCUUUAGAACCCCUUCUAUCUAAAGGUGUCAAUUGGGCUAGUCCGGCCCAGCCUGACCAUAUGUAUUGACCUCACUCUUACUUAUUCGAGCUCGUCUUAUGUUCUUCACCAAACCACUAACGCCUCUGGUAUGUAAUCUGAUUCUUGAUUAAACCCCUAGUUCAUUACUA